GCCGGCGGCGGGGAGGGCGGCUGGGCCCGCAGGAGAGGGAAGCGAGCGGAUCGCUGGGGCUGCUCGGCUCCUGCGCGCCCUCGCGCUCCCCGCCGCCCGCCGAGGCGCAGGCAGGGCGCAGGAGGCGGCGGGCGGCAUGGAGAGCCUGCUGGAGAAUCCGGUGCGUGCCGUGCUCUACCUCAAGGAGCUCACGGCCAUCGUGCAGAACCAGCAGAGCCUCAUCCACACCCAGCGCCAGCGCAUCGACGAGCUGGAGCGGCGGCUGGACGAGCUAAGCGCCGAGAACCGAAGCCUGUGGGAGCACCAGCAGCUGCUGCAAGCCCAGCCUCCGCCCGGGCUCGUCCCCCCGUCGCCAGCCCCGCUGCCGGCUAUCCCAGUCACUGCUGCCACCGCCGCCGCCGGGGCCCAGGAACCGCUCCAGAACCACGGACAGCUCCUACCCGCUUCGCCACAGCCUGCGCCGGAGCAGCCACAGCUUCAGCACCACGGACAGAUCCUGGUGCAACCCCCGCCGGGCCCCAGCAGCAGGGCUCACGCACCCCAGUCGCCCCACCAGCACCCGGUGGCGCCUGGGGCGGUCGCCGACAAGGAGAAGGAGCGUCCCCCGAGUUGUUGCGCUGCCACUGGAACCCUCCUUCAGCACAAAUCCUCCGCUGCCCUCAGCAAGGGCGUCCUGAGCAGGAGACCCGAGAAUGAGACCGUGCUGCACCAGUUCUGCUGCCCAGCCGCGGACACCGAGCAGAAGCCCGCCUGCUCUGACCUGGCCUCCCAAAGUGACGGCUCCUGCGCCCAGGCCGGUGGGGGCAUGGAGGACUCCAUGGUAGCAGCGGCGGUGGUGGCAGCCUGCAGACCCAGUGCCCAUGCCCCGAAGGCUCAAGCCCAGGAGAUGCAGGAGGAGGAGGUGCGGCUGGGGGCAGGGGGUGCCUCCCCGCGGGCUGGCCCCCACCGCGAGGCCUCCCCAGGCCAGCAGCAGCCUGCCCUGGCGACGGCGCUCUGCUCCCACGCCCCUGCCGCCUCCGAUUACGAACUCUCCCUUGACCUAAAGAAUAAACAGAUUGAAAUGCUAGAACAUAAGUACGGGGGCCACUUGGUGUCCCGGCGCGCCGCUUGCACCAUCCAAACCGCCUUCCGCCAGUACCAGCUCAGCAAGAACUUCGAGAAGAUCCGCAACUCCCUGCUGGAGAGCCGCCUGCCGCGGCGGAUCUCGCUGCGCAAGGUGCGUGCGCCCACGGCCGAGAGCCUGGCGGCUGAGAAGGCGCUCAUGGAGGGCUAUGGCCUCCUGGGACUACCGCUGGUGCGCUCGCCCUCCCUGCCGCCCACCUUCGCGGGCACGCUCACCGAGCUGGAGGACUCCUUCACCGAGCAGGUGCAGUCCCUCGCCAAGUCCAUCGACGAUGCCCUCAGCACCUGGAGCCUCAAGACCAUGUGCUCCCUGCAGGAGAGCGGCGCUUACCAGAUCCAUCAGGCCCUGCACGCGGGCGCGGGGCCGCCAGGCCUGGAGGCGGAGAUGCGCGAGCCGGAGAGUGCCUGCCCGCGGCCGGGGGAAGAAGCCGCCGAGGCCGCCGGUCUGCCCCAGGGCCACAGCAGCACCCUCAUGAUGGCUUUCCGGGACGUCACCGUGCAGAUCGCCAACCAAAACAUCUCCGUCUCCUCCGCCACCGCUCUGUCGGUGGCCAACUGCCUGGGGGCACAGACAUCCCAGCCCUCCGCACAGUCUGCGGCGGGCCAAGCCGAGCAGGACGCGGCCCGGGGCCAGGAGGCUCCGGUGGCCCCCGCCGCGGGCCAGGGGGGUGAGCCCGCUGAGAUCGCGUGCGCCGAGGCCGAAGCCGGCGGGGCCCUGAGCGCCAACCCGCCUGGGGCCGCGGAGGCGGUGGCGCAGGAGGCCGGGGCCGCACAGGCAGAGGAGGAAGAAGAGGAGGCAGGGGGAGUGGGGAAAGGGGCCGGGGCCGAGGCCGGCGACAACUCGGAGCAGCUGAGCAGCAGCAGCACGUCCACCAAGUCCGCCAAGUCCGGAUCGGAAGUGUCCGCCUCGGCCUCCAAGGAGGCCCUGCAGGCCAUGAUCCUGAGCCUGCCGCGUUACCACUGCGAGAACCCCGCCAGCUGCAGGUCGCCCACGCUCUCCACCGACACCCUGCGCAAACGCCUCUACCGCAUUGGGCUCAACCUCUUCAACAUAAACCCGGACAAGGGCAUCCAGUUCCUAAUCUCGCGUGGCUUCAUCCCUGACACCCCCAUUGGAGUGGCCCAUUUCCUGCUCCAGCGUAAGGGCCUCAGCCGGCAGAUGAUUGGCGAAUUCCUGGGCAAUAGCAAGAAGCAGUUCAACCGCGACGUGCUGGACUGUGUGGUGGACGAGAUGGAUUUCUCCAGCAUGGAGCUGGAUGAAGCCCUGCGCAAGUUCCAGGCGCACAUCCGCGUACAGGGGGAAGCCCAGAAGGUGGAGCGGCUCAUAGAGGCCUUCAGCCAGCGCUACUGCAUGUGCAACCCCGAGGUGGUACAACAGUUCCACAACCCCGACACCAUCUUCAUCCUGGCCUUCGCCAUCAUCCUCCUCAACACUGACAUGUACAGCCCCAAUAUUAAGCCUGACCGGAAGAUGAUGCUGGAGGACUUCAUCCGAAACCUGCGAGGUGUGGAUGAUGGCGCUGACAUCCCUAGGGAGCUGGUGGUAGGUAUCUAUGAAAGGAUACAGCAGAAGGAGCUCAAGUCCAAUGAGGACCACGUCACGUAUGUCACCAAGGUGGAGAAGUCCAUCGUCGGCAUGAAGACAGUGUUGUCAGUGCCCCAUCGUCGCCUGGUCUGCUGCAGCCGGCUCUUUGAGGUGACGGACGUGAACAAACUGCAGAAGCAGGCCGCACACCAGAGGGAGGUGUUCCUCUUCAACGACCUGCUGGUGAUUCUCAAACUUUGCCCGAAGAAGAAGAGCUCCUCCACAUACACCUUCUGCAAGUCGGUUGGCCUGCUGGGCAUGCAGUUCCACCUCUUUGAGAAUGAAUAUUACUCUCAUGGCAUCACCCUGGUGACCCCGCUCUCGGGCUCCGAGAAGAAGCAGGUGUUGCAUUUCUGUGCCCUGGGCUCGGACGAGAUGCAGAAGUUUGUGGAGGACCUGAAGGAGUCCAUUGCCGAAGUGACCGAGCUGGAGCAGAUCCGGAUAGAGUGGGAGCUGGAGAAACAGCAGGGAGCAAAGACGCUCUCCUUCAAGUCCGGAGGAGCCCAGGUGGACCCACAGUCGAAGCAGGGAUCCCCUACAGCCAAAAGGGAAGCUGCCCUGGGGGAGAGGCCUACAGAGAGCACGGUGGAGGUGUCAAUUCACAACAGGCUUCAAACGUCCCAGCACAACUCCGGGCUGGGGGCCGAGAGGGGAGCUCCGGCGCCACUGCCAGACCCGCAGCCUAGCCCCCUGAGAGAGCAGCCCCCGCCGCCGUUGCCACCACCGCCACCCACACCCCCAGGGACCCUGGUGCAGUGCCAGCAAAUUGUCAAGGUCAUUGUCCUGGACAAGCCCUGCUUGGCACGCAUGGAGCCCCUGCUAAGCCAGGCUCUCUCCUGCUACGCCUCCUCCUCCUCCGACUCCUGUGGCUCCACACCCCUGGGUGGCCCAGGCUCCCCAGUCAAGGUCAUCCACCAGCCCCCGCUGCCCCCACCCCCGCCCCCCUACAACCACCCUCACCAGUACUGUCCACCCGGCUCCCUGCUGCACCGGCGCCGCUACUCCAGCGGCUCCAGGAGCCUGGUGUAGACUCUGCCUCCAUGCUGCUGUCCCAGGAGAGCUGUCACCAGGGUCCCUGGACUGCACCCAGCGCCCCUUCGCUGCUCCUCACACCCUGGCACACUGCGUUCCUGGUCACCAUCACCGUCGUUUUGGGAAGAGAACCCCAGUCCCUGGCACCUGGGUUUGCCUCACCCGACCAUGCUUCCCUUAUUUAGUUGAGCACCUUGCCCCCAAAUCUGGAGACACCACCGCACUGUCCCGGACCCUACGCAGCCAGGCACGGCCAGGCCUCCUCAUCUUCCUGCCACCCCUCACCACAUGGACCGUGGACUGAGAGAACAGGAGCUGAGGGCCUACCCAGCUUCUGGGUCGAGUCUGUUGGGCCCUAGGCCUCAGGCCGGAAGGGUGGCGCGAGGGGCUGGGAGCCAGUGCCUGAGCACUGGACAGAAGGUGGCUGGGCUCCCUGCUCAGCUUUAGGGGCUGCACUGGGUAGAGGAGGGGCACCAUGGAUCCCUGGAAGGACUAGGGGGUGGGAGUGUGAGGAGCGGGGCUUUCUCUGCUGCCCCUGCCCCCUCCCCAAUCUUGGCAGUCUCGUGAGGCUGCUCAUCUGUCCCCAAGGAUGUUGGCUGUCCUGACCAUGUCCUCCCCCUCUUCCCAGGGCCUUCUCUUUCUCAGAGAAGCCCAGGGCUCCCUAGACUCCAGGAAAGUUGUGAGAGAGAGAGGAGAGAAGGCAGACCACUCUCAGCUUCUUUGGUUCAAUUUCAACAAGGCUGUGGAAUCAUGAGGUCAUAUCUCUACAAAAUGCACCUUCCUGGAAUUUUAGUUCCCUAGCCCCAAAUAACACCCAGCCAACAUAAGGUGUGCACCGCCGUAAACAAACACGUGUGCGAACCAGGUUAACGUCUCCCACUGUGGAAGUGGGAAUAGGGAGAAGGGGCCGUGGUCUGUCCAGGGGCAAAUGCCACCUGGUACGCCCUGUGGACGUAGACUUGGGACUGAGACAGGGCUCCUUCUUGCAUGCCUUCCGUGGCCUCCGAGAGGGGUUUGGAUGCAGGAGUGGGCGAGAGACGCGGGUGCUCCACAGGCACUUGCAUUUCCCUUGCUGUCAUCCCAAACUCACCUCUCAGCCUUUACAUCUCCCCCAUCCGCCUCCCUAGGGAGGCACCAGACCUGCCUCCUGCAGGAGCUGCUCAAAGAGUCCCUCCACCCUUAAAAUGGCAAAGGAGAGCUAAGUGGGGCUCGCUGACCUACGGGGGCCAAGCAGAAUCAGGGAGUCAGCCUUCCUGUGACUCCACGGAGCCUGUGCAACCCCCGUCAAAGGCCUCCGGAGGUACCAGGCCCCCAGGCAUGUACAAGCCAGCCUGGACCGGUCCUGGGCCAUCGGCCCAUUGCUGUCCUUCAGUGAGACACCCCCUCCUACUGGGAGCCUGUUAUCAAAGCGUCCCAAGAGCUGACAGUGGAUGUGGGCCGAGUCUAAAGUGAAUUUGCCUCUCCUCGACCCACACCCCACUGCAGUCCCGUGGGCUAGCCAGGAGGCCCCGAUGCUUCUCCCGCGCUCAGAGCUUCCAGAUGACCUAGUUUUGUCCAUUUGUGUGUGGUCACCAGACGUCAUUAUGAUGUCACCCAGUGAGUUUAUUUCUGGCCCUGUCUUUGUCAGCCCGGUUUCCAUAACUUGUGACCAAUUUACAGUCUCCUCCCCUGUGGCUCCCCAGACGACCUGCUUUUCUCCUCGUUGCCUUUCCUGUGUGUCUUCUGUGACAAGGACACACCAAUCCGAGCCUUUUGGAACGGAGUGGCUGACAGAUGGUUGCACGAAGUCAGACACCUCUGAUGCCCUUGGCCAGGGCAGGGAUUGUCCCUGAAGAGUGACAGCGGGGCAGCAGGAGCAGAGUGGUGGCAAUGGGAGUGAAUGAGGGGGGCUGGAAACAGAGUGGAAGUUACAGAUGGGCAUCGGGGAGUAUGAGUUAUGAAGGAAGAGACGUUCUGAGGUGGCUAACCAUGUUUAUGGGGUGCGGACCAUGAAUGCCAGGGGAUGGUGAGAAGGGGCACAGUCCCAGCCAGCAGGCCUUGUCACCUGCUCACAUCAUGCUUCUAGCUGACACAGUGCCCCCCACCCGUGUCAAUGGGCACAGCCCUGGCCCCUCCCCCCACCUCUGCUGCAGCCCUGACUUUCCAGACGGGGACCAGCAGAGGUCUUAAGGCUGGCACGCGGAACCUCUCUCUGAAGACCCAGAUGCUCGGGUAGUGGGGUUUACCCCCAGCUGCUGCGGGGGCUGCCCUGGGCCCCACUGUCAGCACUGGGAGUCCUGGCCUAGGAUGCAGACCAGCCUGUGCUUGUAGAACACAGGGCAAGCCUGAGCUGUGAGUGGCCUGGGGCGGGACGCAGCGGGCCGCCACCACUGUCAGGGAAGCAAGAGUUCCCAGUGUCUGCAUCCUCCCUCUCCUGGUCAGCAGGCAGGCUAAGGUUGAGACCCUCUCUGUCACCAUCCCCAGAGCCUAACCCUCAGAGACUAGGACCAGCCUCCUGCCCCCCAGUCCUUGCAGAGGGUCCAGCUGGACAUGUUCACAGGCCCUCCUGCUCUUCCAAGGCUGAGGGGCAGUGCAGUGCAGACUGCAUCCCCGGACACAGCCCCCUGGAUACGUGUCCAAUUACCCCAACAUGGCCUCACUCUAUCUACUCUCUAGGCCUUAUUUUGGGGGACCUGUGCCCCUCUCUCAAUUUUAUCCAUUUAGCUCCAGCUCCAGAAUCAGGAGUGGAAAUGAAACAAGCUUUCCCACCCACUUUUGAGCAAGUCCCACCUCUAGAUCUGGAGCGAGGCUCUGCCCGGGCAGCUUGACCUAGAAGCCUGCCUGUAUCCAAAGGCACACACAUUUGUCAGCCCUGGGCCCUUCACCCUUAAAAUCCUUAACCGCCACCCCACCUGUUCCCCAUAGCCUGCCAGAAUGUCUCUUUGUACCCAAUAGGCUUCCCUGAUAACCAUCUAUCCGUCUGUCCCUGUGUUCUGCUGUACAUACCUUCUUGCUGCACCCUUCCUCCCUGCAUACACCCCUUCGCUCCGCUGGAGAGAAACCUCUCUAGGGAAAAGCAGGGUGGCUGCACCCAGCAACUAAGCCAAAUGGCAAAUAUUUUGUAACAAAAUAGCCCAGAGGUAUUUUAUCUGUUCAAUUCAUAGUUUUAGAGAUUAUAUUGAAAUAUGUCAC